AGUUGUCAGAGAAAACAACUUUACCUCUCUCUUUUCCGGCCUGUAUGGUGUUUGUCUGAACACAUUUUUGUUGAGGCACACGGCAGACAACAAAUAACCCGUCAAGAUGGUGAAGGGUAAUCAUAUGAUUUCUAAUGGCCACUUCCAUAAGUACUGGCAGCGGCACAUUCGCACCUGGUUCAACCAACCGGCCCGCAAGUUCCGCAGACGGCAAAACCGCAUUAAGAAGGCGAAGAGAGUCUUCCCCCGUCCGGCCAAGGGUCCGAUCCGCCCGAUCGUCCACUGCCCGUCGCAACGCUACAACACCAAGAUCCGUGCGGGUCGUGGAUUUACCCUUGCCGAGCUGAAGGGCGCCGGAUUGUCGAAGAACUUCGCGCAAACCGUUGGCAUUGCGGUGGAUCCGCGCCGUCAGAACAAAUCGGUCGAAAGCCGCCAGGAGAACGUGCAGCGUCUGAAGGAGUACCGCAGCAAGCUGAUUCUGUUCCCGGUGCACCGCAACAAGAAGCCACGCAAGGGCGAGGCCACACCGGAAGAGUGCAAGGUGGCCAAGCAGCUGAAGCGCACGGUGAUGCCGAUCCGUAACGCACGCCCGAAGGUGACGCUGGAACCGAUCACGGAGGAGCAGAAGAAGUUCAGCGCUUACCAGGCACUGCAUCAGGCGCGUCUGACCGCCCGGUACUUCGGUGUCCGUGCCAAGAAGGCGAGAGAAGCGGCGGAGAAUGAAAGCAACCAGCCCGGCGGUGGUGGUGACAAGAAGGGCAAGAAGUAAACGGUGUUCGGUCGGGGUAGUGUGAUUCCGUUUUUCCUCUUGAUCCUCCCGUAGUCACCACAUCUGUUCUCUGUUGCCGGCCGGUCACCAUCAUCAUACUGGGGAGUGUACACGCGCUUUUAAUCGCCUGUGCGCUUGCCGUGUUCCGGCGAUUGUUACAUUUCCGGCGGAUAGAGGAGACAACACAAAUAAAUACUAUUCCCUUACUCGUUUGAUGAGCGAAUUUAUUGUCGAGCAAGGAGCUAAACAA